AUGGGCGAUCGCACGCGACAGAUCGCGCGCGAGUGGGUGAUGAAGUGCGCGGACGUCGUGCUGGACGCGCGCGCGCGCGCGGCGACGCCGCGCGACGCGAGGGAUGGGGGGAUGAAGGCGAACAGGUGGUUCAACUGCGCGUGCGCGAGACGACGCGAGACGACGAGGGCGAUGGAACGCGACGAAGCGGCGCGCGACGGCGGGACGCGCGCGGUGAAAGAACUGGAGGGCGAUUCUGUGGACGCGUUCGUCGAGGGCGCGGUGACGGUGGAUGUGUAUUUCGAACGGGGGGGGGACGCGUCGACGAGCGGCGAACGCGCGCUCGUCGAGCGAUGGGCGUUUCACGCGGGCGCGGAUGGAGAACGAGUCGGUGGGAACAAUCAUUUUAACAAGGAUUUGGACACGGCGGUGGUGUAUAAGCGAGCGGUGAUCAUGGUGCGCACGGUGGUGGCGAUGUUGCGGACGCUUCCCGCGCACGGCGCGCGCUUGCGAGCGAUGCGUCGACGAGGCGCGCGAGACGGCGGCGGAGGAGGCGGGUUUAGUUUUGAGAUCAAGAACGUCGAUCGCGGAGGGACGAUCGCGAGCGCGCACCCGGGGAAAGCGGAGGGGUACCGCACGUACGCGUUCACGGACGUGCCGACGUCCAUCGGGAAACUGAGCGCGUGCGUGUACUUUUUAGACCAAGUAGCGAUGAGCGCGUUGGAGGACGAGUGCGUCGCCGUCGUCGAAACGGCGCCGACGCCGUGCGAACGCCUGGACGCGAGCGUCGGUCCCGACGUCGUCGCGCUCGCGGGCGGCGAAAUGUCGCUCUCGCCAUCGCCGACUGGGAAAUCAGACGCACCCGAGUCGCUUCAACGCGCGCGUCGCGAGGAGGAUUCGAGUCCGAUGUCGCGCGGGAUACUCUUCGACGAAGCCUCGCCAUCGCCGUCGCCGAACGCGCGGCCACCGAUUCGCGGUGGAAUGACGGCGUCGUUAUCGUCGGGGUCGCUUCAGCAACAAGCGAAACCUCCCGUGAGCCCAUCCGUCGUGCCGUUGGCGGAUUACACGAGCCCGAAUUAUCAACGAUUCGACAACGCUCCGAGUUCUGCGCCGAAUAACGGGCCGGCACCGAUAUACGGAUUCAACGCCGCGCCUGUCGGCGCGAAACAUGCGCUGCAAAGCGCGAUCGAGUCGCCGUUGGUGGAACCUCCGCGUCCGCCGCCGAGACGCUCGACGAUGGCGUCGUGUUUGAAAAUCGACGUCGGCACAUCCAUCGACAAAGACGAUUUCGUCGCCAAACCGCCAGGAGCGAACGACAUCGGGGCGCCGAGCCCCUCGAUCGCGGUGGCGCAACCACCGCCACCGCCAGCGCCGGCUUCGCCGAUGACGACGAUCGGUUUCUCGCCCACGACGGCGGCGCCCAUCGCGUGCUCGCCGCGAGUCCGAGCGCCGAAAGACGGCCGCUCGGGCCCCGCGCCGCACGGUUCGCCUUCGCCUUGGGGUGGUUUCGUGUGUCCUGAAUCUCCAAUUCCGAGCCCGGGAGGCGCGGCGUUUGCGCACCCUCGGAGCGUUCCACGUUCCUCUUGGUCGCCGAGCUCAAGCCUCGGCACGUCGAUUCGCGACGUCAUCGGCGUAUACCCGCACUCGCCCGGUGGCGUCUCCAACUUCGCGCGACGCAUGAGCGGCGCGAGCGAUGACGCCGCACCAGGGUCGCCUUUGACGCCGCACGCCGCGGACGAGUCCAUCGACAACCAAGACGAGUUCCCGUUUGCCAUCGACGACGCCGACGCGACGGCGACGGCGACGUACGUCGAACACACCCCUGCGGACCUGCUGAGCUUGCUCGAAAACCCGUGCACGCUCCGUCGACGAAGUCUCGACGGACCGCUGCCCCUUGACGCCGCGUUGGAAGAUUCUACGGAUUCCAUCGUGAACCAGAGCGCCGAGCUCGAUAAAUCCGUCGGCGGCGACGACAAAUCCCGCGCCGCUUCGAACGGCAUGACCCUCGGUUCCGCCCUUCGCGCGUUAGCCGAGCUCGACGUCGCGGCUAAAACGCAGUUUACCGAUUAGUCUAGCGUCGUCGC